GAAGGUAAAAAGAUAAACCAAAACGAACGGUGUUGAUAAAUCUCAGUCUCUCAUCUGAGUCGUCUCCUCUUACCCACUCUUCUCCAGCGUCCGAUCCCCUCUCUUUCUUCCUCGUAAUCCAAUCUCCGUCUCUCCCGCCCUUUUCAUUUUAUAUUCCCACUAAGCUAGGGUUUCCGCUAUGGCGGAGGCACAGACCAGUUCCGUCGGAGGAAGUCAGGAUAGCGGCGAGCAAAGUCCGAAGUCCAAUGUGCGAGAACAGGAUAGGUAUCUUCCCAUCGCUAACAUCAGCCGUAUCAUGAAGAAGGCUCUUCCUGCCAACGGCAAGAUCGCUAAAGAUGCUAAAGAGAUGGUGCAAGAGUGCGUCUCUGAGUUCAUCAGCUUCAUCACUAGCGAAGCUAGUGACAAGUGUCAAAAGGAGAAAAGGAAAACAAUUAAUGGGGAUGAUCUGCUGUGGGCUAUGGCAGCUUUAGGGUUUGAAGAUUACAUCGAUCCACUUAAGGUUUACCUUACCAGAUACAGAGAGGUGGAGGGUGAUAGCAAGGGAUCGGCUAAGAAAGAUGCCCAACCUAACCCAAAUGACCAGUUUGCUCAUCAAGGUUCAUUCUCACAGGGCGUUAAUCAUGGAAAUUCUCAAGGCCAUAUGAUGGUUCCGAUGCAAGACAAUGAAUAGAGAUCCACACUUCUCGAGCCAAUUCCAUUCAAUGUCGUGUUCCAAUGCUCUGCUGCAAAUAGUAUGAAGAUAAAGCAUCUAAUGUGAAAACUGACAUUUUGGAUGGUUCGCAUCCUCUUAUCUGGUAAACUAUUAUUUUUUUAGUAAUAUGUUUGUUGUAAUUAUUGAUUAGGUGUUCUUUAGAAUGGAUUAACAUUCAAAGAAUUGACUUAAAUCUUGGGAGGUUAUUUUAGAUUUAAAGCUCCUCU